CAGAUCAAAUGCCUGAUGGACGAUACUGGACCACCAUGUCGAAGGUGUACUGACAAGAAGCUCAGCUGCGUUGUGAGCAAGAACCUCCAGACUAUUAUCGACGAAAAGACAGAACUAUCAGAGGCGGUGCUGGCGGAUCUGGAGUCCCUCCACUCAGCCGUCAAGGAAAUGAGAAGCGCCGCAGGAAUGCCCGACCUUCCACCACUUCGGAUCUCACUUCUCUCAGAAGGCCGCGAUUCAUCAGCUUCGCAACCACCCAUCGCUAACUUUCAGUAUGCCUUGGAUGAUGUCAACGGGCCUUCCUGCGACAACUCGCCUAAGCUUACGCCAGAGGACGACCGGCUGCCACACGCCCCUAUACAUUCCCUGUACGCGUUGACAAAGAUGAGGGCGCUGCGCUCGCCCGAAGACCCCAAGGACGGGCAAAGCAAGCCAAUCGAUGAUUUCAUCUCGCGAGGACUGAUCCAACAAGCCGAUGCAGAGCGUCUUUUUGCGCUCUACCGCGAUCGACUUGAUGGCUUCAUCUACUCUAUCGGAUGCAGAUACAAGUCCCUGGACGAACUACGGCGGAAAAGCUCGAUUCUUUCCGCUGCAACCUUGACGGUUGCCGCCUUGCAUGAUCCAGACGCCGACAAGGUCUAUGGAAUUUGCAGCUCUGAGCUGCGCAGGCUGACCGAAAAGUCAAUGCUUCAACGGUCAGGGGAUCGAGAUUAUUUCAGAGCCCUUAGCAUCGCCUCAUACUGGCUAAGUGAUCUAUCGUGGACUCUGUCGGGCCACGCUAUCCGACGAGCUACAGAGUGUAAUGUCCACAACAGUUUCAGCCGGGCCAUCAAGGAACAGACAGAAGAUGCCAUCGACUACGCCCGCAUCUGGUCCAUUCUCUUUAUAUGUGACCAGCAUCUCGCCAUACUCUACGACCGGCCCGCCAUCAUCCAAGAUGAAUGGUCGACGCAGGACUGGGAAGGCUUUCUACAGGCUCCGUUCGCCACAGCCCAGGAUGAAAGGCUCAUGAGCCAGGUUGAGCUGAUGGGAGUCGUUAGGAGUGUCAGGCAACUGUUUGGACCAGACAAAGGCGAGACGAUACCACGAGUCUAUGUCAGCCAGAUAGGCCAUUAUAACCGGCAACUGGAUCAAUGGAUCGCAAAAUGGACUACACGGCUGCCAGGUAAGUGUCAAGGUUGUCGGAUCUUAUGGAGGGAAACUGAUCAGUUUUAG